AUGUCGGCCGAAGACGAUUCCUCCGAUCUCUCCUCUUUGUCUUCACUGUCGCCCGCGCCUUCUGAUAUCGAGCUAGAGGAACCAGUUAAAAAGCCCGUUGCCAAGUCCAAAAAGGGUAUUCAGAAAUACUUCUCCAAGGUUAAAGAGCAACCGCCCAAGGACGCUUCGCCGCCGCCUCGAAAACGAUCACCUUCACCACCCCACGAAUAUGUGUUGGCGGAUAACCCUGACAUUGCAUUCAUUGUAAUGUUCAGAAGCCGCUUCAACGAUGCAUUCCCGAAAUCACUUGCCCACUUCGGCCCCCAAGAAAUCGAGCGCGACGUUGUCGAAUCUAUACCUGGUGAUCGAGCCGAACAUUUCCUCUGCGCGUUGCUGGGGUUACUAUUGAAUCGCAAACAAGAUGUCAAGUGCGGCAGAACCUUGACAAGCAAAGUGCAAUAUGCUAACGAAUAUCCCGUCAGGCCUGGUCAUUAUGGUCGUGCUUUGGAAGAUGCCAUCAGCUCGCACAAGAACCAAUGGGCGCCCGCCUGGAAUGACAAAAGCCCAUUGUCUGGCGGCGCAACUUUCACGUCAAUGGACCCUACACAACGAGUGCGUAACGCCAAUCCUGUUUCUCUCACGCUUCUGCGAUACCUCAUCAUGUGGACUCUUUCGUCGUCCGAAAGCGUCAAAGGUCUCAUCAACCAAUCAUACAAGCAAAACCGACACGAAGACGACUUGAACCAGCCUCGAUCAGUACAGCCAUGGGGAUCCGACGGUGAUAAACGUCGUUAUUUUCUUAUCGAAGGGCAGGACGACACAGCUUUCCGCGUAUAUCGAGAAAGUAACCCUGCCGGGACGAAUCGAACAUGGUACAGCGUGGCUGGCACGAUCGAGGAGCUUCGAGCUCUUGCAGAGAAACUCGAGGCCAAGGAUGGCGGGCCAAAGGCUAAAAAGCUUGCUCAGAAGAUGUAUACUGCCAUCCCGCGAUUUGAAGCUGGCGAAGAGAAACGAAAGCGUCGUGAUUAUCGGCAGAUGCGAAAGGAACAGUUCAAGCGGCCGGAGCCUGGAUUUUCGCUUUAUGAAGGUCGCACUAGGGGUAAAAAGAUGAAGUACACAUAUUCUGACGAUGAAGAUGUCUUUACAACCGACUCGACCACUCGUCGAUCCACUCGAAACACCGGAACUCACACUCCUGUCGAAACUGGUCCUCUUACUACCGCCAGUGGCCGGCAGAUUAAGGCACCAACUCGCCUUAACCCUACGACCGGAAGCAGUGCCCCUGGUAGCGUGCAAGGAGACACAUCCGAAGUGGAGAAAGAAUCGUCUGUUGGUCCAACUGGACGACCUCGACGAUCAGCGGCAGUGAAUCACGGUACAAGCGGUUGGGCCGAGCCCAAGAAGACUUCUCGACGUAACGCCAGUGAUGAUUCUGACGAAGAGAGCGAGGCCGAAUUUGGGGAUGACGAAGAAGAUGCCGACGAACACGUGCCUGAAGGAUCAGAGGAUGAGGAUGAGCUUGAUGAGGAUGAAGUCAUGGCGGAUGAUGACCUAGAUGAGCAGAACCAAAGUUUGGUUGUGAAGCUCUCAGUCACACCACCCAAAUUGCGCAACGUCCUCGAGCCUAACGCGCAAGCUGGGAAUAAACUACCAACGCCAAGCUCUGAUAAAGCGGCGGAAGAAUCACGGCCUUUGGGAGAGACGGUUGUUGAAAUGGAGGAUGCGCCGGCAGCUACUCCUAGCAAAGAAUCUCAGCCUACAGCCCAGCAGUCUCCCAGCCAAGACCCCGAUUUUGCUGAAUGCCAGAACUCGACACCAGGAACUAUUCAUGCGACAUCUUUGGCUUUUAGAGGGAGCCCAGAAAAGACGCAUGCGCAACCGGUGCCCCGACCGCUCGAGAAACAACAGUAA